AGAUCAAUGGAAGAAGAUGGCAAGAAAUUGCAAUCACAAGCAUGCCUCCGUGGCUGCUGCCCAUCCCCUUUCCUCACCUCACAUGAUCCUCAAACCAAACCUUCGAGACCGAUGAACUCGUCGGCGGCAUGUCGCCGUGACUUCGCCUCGAAAACUAGUUCAUCUAUCUUCCCCAACGCCCAAUUCAGCAACCAUGAAUCUCUUCCAUCUAUACAUGAAUCCUUUGCUGAAUUCACCGAGGCUUAUCCGCAGUAUUCGGAUACCGUUCGGGUUGACCAAAUACGAGCGCAAGAGUAUUACCAUCUCUCCUUCUCGAACCAUACCUGCCUUGAUUAUCUAGGCACUGGCCUCUUCUCCUAUUCUCAGCUGCAAAAGCAUGAGUCGCCGACGUAUCAUUCCUCGUCUUCCUUCCCCGUGCCGCCGCAAUUGCCUCCUCCAGUUUCGGAUAUUCCGUUCUUCGGGGUGACUUACAAGACAGGGAAUCUCAAGACACAAUUACUUCACGGUGGGGCAACGUCAGAGUUGGAGUCUGCAAUCAGGACAAGGAUUAUGAGUUCUCUUAAUGUUCAAGAAAAUGAGUACUCAAUGGUUUUCACAGCAAACAAGACAUCGGCUUUCAAACUCGUGGCCGAAUCGUAUCCCUUCCAGUCUAAUGGAAACCUUUUAUCGGUGUACGAUUACGAGAGCGAGGCGAUUGAGGCCAUGUUGAAUAGCUCAGAGAAGAAAGGGGCCAGAGUUAUGUCUGCAGAAUUCUCAUGGCCCAGACUGAGGAUCCAAUCAUCAAAGCUGAGAAACAUGUUGGUGAGCAAGAAGAAGAAGCAGCAUCAGAUGAAGAAAAGAAGCGGUCUAUUUGUGUUCCCACUUCAUUCCAGGAUGACUGGAGCCAGAUAUCCUUAUUUGUGGAUGACAAUUGCAGAGGAAAAUGGAUGGCAUGUGUUGAUCGAUGCUUGCGCAUUGGGUCCAAAAGACAUGGACAGCUUUGGCCUCUCACUUUUCCGUCCAGAUUUCCUCAUUUGCUCCUUCUACAAGGUUUUUGGAGACAACCCUUCCGGAUUCGCUUGCCUCUUUGUCAAGAAUUCAACCAUUCCGAUGUUGGAAACUUCGAUAACUCCAGGGAUCAUAGGCCUUAUCCCUGCCGAAAAGCUGACUGAAUCUCCAGGCACCGACGCCGAACUCGAAAACUUAUCUUCACAAUUCGGGAGAGUUGAAGAAGUAGCAGAAAAACUAAAAGGGCUAGAAAUGAUUGAAGUGGACAAUCUUAAACCAAAAGGGGAGGUCGAGUGUAGGGGCUUAGAUCAGGUGGACUCAUUAGGACUGCUAACAAUAAGCAAUAGAGCAAGGUGCCUCGUUAACUGGCUUCUGACUGCUCUGUUAAAACUCCAGCAUCCCAACACCAAAGGGACUCCCCUGGUUAGAAUAUAUGGCCCCAAGGUAAGAUUCGAUCGAGGACCGGCGAUCGCGUUCAAUGUAUUUGAUUGGAAGGGGGAAAAAAUCGAACCGGUUCUCGUACAAAAGCUAGCGGAUCGGAGCAAUAUUUCACUCAGCUAUGGGUUCCUACACCAUAUAUGGUUUGCAGAUAAGUACCAAGAAGAUAAGGAAAAAGUGAUGGAGAGAAGAAAAGAGAAAAACGAAAUGGGAAUAGCCGUGGUUACAGCUGCACUGGGGUUCUUAGCCAAUUUUCAAGACAUAUAUAACCUUUGGGCAUUCAUUGCUCAGUUCCUUGAUGCAGAUUUGGAGAAGGAACGGUGGAGGUACACUUGCCUGAAUCAGAAAACUAUUGAAGUUCUCUAAUCCCAAUUCUUACGGACAAUCAAGUUCACAAAACUAAGGAACCUGAAUUGCCACAAAAAGGUUCAGACCAUGUUGCAUUGUAUUCUUGUAUGUACAUUUCUUUUUGUU